AUGGUUGUUCUCAAGAGCUUCGUGCUCGGUGCUCUGGCAGCUACCGUCGCCGCCAAGUCUGCGGUGCUUGAUCUCAUCCCCUCCAACUUUGACGAUGUCGUCCUGAAGUCCGGCAAGCCCACCCUCGUCGAGUUCUUCGCUCCUUGGUGUGGCCACUGCAAGAACCUCGCACCCACCUACGAGGACCUUGCCCAUGCCUUCGAGUCCUCCAAGGACGUCCAGAUCGCCAAGGUCGACGCCGACGCCGAGCGUGACCUGGGCAAGAGAUUCGGAGUUCAGGGCUUCCCUACUCUCAAGUGGUUUGACGGCAAGAGCGACAAGCCCACCGACUACAACGGCGGCCGCGAUCUCGAGAGCCUGAGCAACUUCAUCACCGAGAAGACCAGCGUCAAGCCUCGCAAGAAGUACACACCGCCCAGCGCCGUGGACAUGCUCACCGACAAGAGCUUCGAGACUACCAUCGGUGGCGACAAGGACGUCCUUGUUGCUUUCACUGCUCCUUGGUGCGGACACUGCAAGAACCUCGCCCCCACCUGGGAGACCCUUGCUCAAGACUUUUCCCUUGAUGAGGGUGUCGUGAUUGCCAAGGUAGAUGCUGAGGCCGAGAACAGCAAGGGCGUUGCCGCUGCUCAGGGCGUCUCUUCCUACCCCACCAUCAAGUUCUUCCCCAAGGGCUCCAAGGAGGGCGAGCUCUACACUGGCGGCCGUAAGGAGGACGACUUCGUCAACUUCAUCAACGAGAAGGCUGGUACCAACCGCGCCCCUGGCGGAAGCCUCAACGCCGUUGCUGGCACUAUUGCCGCCCUCGACAAGAUCGUCGCCAAGUACAUCAGUGGCACCAGCCUUGCUGAUGCCGCUGCUGAGGCUAAGAAGGAGGCCGAGUCCCUGAAGGAGAAGGCUCAGUACAAGUACGCCGAUUACUACGUUCGCGUCUUCGACAAGCUUAACAAGAGCGACGGCUACACCAAGAAGGAGCUUGCCCGCCUGGAGGGCAUCCUCGCCAAGGGCGGCCUUGCCCCCGCUAAGCGUGACGAGAUCACCAGCAAGACCAACAUUCUGCGCAAGUUCCUUGAGAAGGUCGGCGAGAAGGUCGCUGAUGCUAAGGAGGAGUUGUAA